ACACUCAGCCGCUCCAGCGGCGCUGCUCCCAGCCGGAAUGCUGCUGGGGAACCGCUGCCGUCGGGGCUGUCCGGGCAGCGGGGUGGGAAUGGUGUCCCCCGGGAGCGGGGUGGGGUGGCAGCGGUGUCCCCCGGGAGCGGGAUGGGGUGACAGCGGUGUCGCCCGGCGCGGGGCGGUGGCGGAGGCGCGCAGAGGUGCGCGGGGCCGCGGAGGAGCCGCUCCCGCCUAGGUGUGAGCUGAUUAUUCAAAUGGGCAGCCGAGGACCUGGGGAUUGGAGGCUCGCCCGGCCGCUCCGUGCUAUAUCACUGGGGCACCCACGUCACUGCAGCACUUGUCCUCCUCUUCCUCCUCCUCCUCUUCUUCCUCCCUCCUCCCUCCUCCUCCUCCUCCUCCGGCUCCUCCAUCGCCUCCGGGCGCCUCUUCGCCGCGGAGCGCUGCGAAAACCCACCCAAGGAGCGGCGGCGGAACAAACCCACCCCAGCCCCAGCGCCGCUCCAUCCCCCCCUUCCUCCCUCCCUCCUCUUCCUCCUCCUCCAGAGGCUCCGGCGGAGGGGAGGGAGGGUUGGGGACUUUUUUUUUUUCCUUUUUUUUUUUUUUUCCUUUUUUUUUUUUUUUUUUUUUUUUGGGUCGCUCUCCGCCGUCGUUUGUUGUGGCUGUUAAAUUUUAAACUGCCAUGCACUCCACUUCCAGUAUGCUGGGAGCGGUGAAAAUGGAAGGCCAUGAGCACACGGACUGGAGCAACUACUACGGGGAGCCCGAGGGCUACUCCUCGGUGAGCAACAUGAACGCGGGGCUGGGCAUGAACAGCAUGAACACCUACAUGACCAUGUCGGCCAUGAGCAGCACGGCCAACAUGACGGCGGCGGCCACCUCCAUGAACAUGUCCUACGCCAACACGGGCAUGAGCCCCUCGCUGACGGGCAUGUCCCCGGGCGCGGGGGCCAUGCCGGCCAUGGGCUCGGCCGGCGUGCCGGGCAUGGGCACCCACCUGAGCCCCAGCAUGAGCCCCAUGGGCGGCCAGGCGGGCUCCAUGAACGCCCUGGCGCCCUACUCCAACAUGAACUCCAUGAGCCCCAUCUACGGCCAGUCCAACCUGAACCGCUCGCGCGACCCCAAGACCUACCGGCGCAGCUACACGCACGCCAAGCCGCCCUACUCCUACAUCUCCCUCAUCACCAUGGCCAUCCAGCAGUCCCCCAACAAGAUGCUGACCCUCAGCGAGAUCUACCAGUGGAUCAUGGACCUGUUCCCCUUCUACCGCCAGAACCAGCAGCGCUGGCAGAACAGCAUCCGCCACUCGCUGUCCUUCAACGACUGCUUCCUCAAGGUGCCGCGCUCGCCGGACAAGCCGGGCAAGGGCUCCUUCUGGACGCUGCACCCGGACUCGGGGAACAUGUUCGAGAACGGCUGCUACCUGCGCCGCCAGAAGCGCUUCAAGUGCGAGAAGCAGCUGGCGGCCAAGGACGGCGCCGGCGCCGGCGCCGGCGGCAAGAAAGGCCCGGGCCAAGCCGCCAGCCAACCCCUGGGCGAGGGCAGCUCCUCGGGGGGCUCCGACGGCUCUGCCGGCGCCGAGUCCCCGGCCAGCUCCUCGCCGUGCCAGGACCACAAGCGCGCCCUGGCCGACCUCAAAGGGCUGAGCCCCGGCGAGCCUUCGGCCUCGCCGGGCCAGCACCUGCUGGCCCCGCCGCAUGCCGGGCUGGCCCACGAGGGCCACCUCAAGCCGGAGCACCACUACGCCUUCAACCACCCGUUCUCCAUCAACAACCUGAUGUCCUCCUCGGAGCAGCAGCACCACCACCCGCACCACCAGCACCACCACCCGCACAAAAUGGACCUGAAGGCCUACGAGCAGGUGAUGCACUACUCGGGCUACGCCUCGCCCGUGCCCGCGGGCCUGGCCAUGGCGCCCGUAAGGAACAAAAGCGCCCUGGAGGCCUCGCCUUUGGCCGGAGAGACUUCCUACUACCAAGGCGUGUAUUCCCGGCCCAUCAUGAACUCCUCCUAAGCAGGAAAACGCUCCUGGAAAAAAGGGGGAAACCCUUUCCCCCCACUCCCAUACCCCUCGCAGUGGACUCUGAGCACGGUACAUAUCCGGUAUAUAUAUAUAUUAUAUAUAUUUUUUUUUUUCUGUUGGCUCCAGAUGUUUGCAUCCAUUCGGGAAUCUGCAGCCGUGUGGCCCCUUCCCAAAUCCACCCGGGGGGGGGUGCUCCGUGUGGGGUGGUUUGGUUUGGUUUGGUUUGGCGGGGUGGACAUGGUGGGGGGGUUCUCCGGGGCUUGUUUUGAUUUUUUUCGUUGUCGUUGUCGCCACGAGGUCUAAAUAUAUCUAUUUUUUUGUGUGCGAGUGAGGGGGGCGAAAAAUAACCCCCAGCCGAGGCAGAACCAACCCUUCCUUCCUUGUGAAUACUCCUAGUUCGGAAACCGAGAACCAAAAGUCUUGCAACCUUGUAAAAAAAAAAAAAAAAAAAAGAAAAAGAAAAAGAAAAAGAAAAAGAAAAAAAAAAAGGGGGUGGGGGCAAACGGGGGGAAAGCAAAAAAAGAAAAGAAAAAAAUACGAAAAAAAAAAUUUAAGAAGGCAGGAUAGAUUGUUGUAAUUGAAGCAAAUGCUUGAUGUUCCCGGGAGAGUAAACUACUUGGAUCUGAUUAA